AUGAAGCUCUUCUACUGUCUCAUAGCUCCUCUCCUUUUCCUCCUCCAGGCUGUUCCAGGUCUCGGCUUGCCCAAAGACACCUCGCAUUGUCUUGGAUAUGAAGGUUUCUGCUUCCGUUCAAAAUCCUGCCCAGAGCCAUUUGCUGCAUUUGGAACUUGUGCUUGGGGUCAGAAAACCUGCUGCAUAGACACAACAUCAAACUACCAUAGUUGUGAAGACAAGGAGGGUCAUUGCGUGCCUCCAGAAAUCAAAUGUCUGCAAGAACAAGUGGGGCUCUGCCCUCACAGAGAAUGGAAGUGCUGCACAGAAGUGUAA